UGGAAAACCCAAAAUCAAAAGAUAAAAGAAACGUCAUCAUCAUCACUUAAAAAUACACGCCGCUCUUUUUUUAUACAAAAAAUUAUUUUAUUUAAUUAAAUUUUCUCAAAAAUGUUUACUCUCUGGACCUUAAUCGAAUCAUCAUUACUCUGUCUAAAUGCAAUUUGUGUCCUUCACGAUGAACGAUUUCUUGCUAAAAUUGGUUGGGGCCCAAAUGCACAACAUCAAGAAUUUGGACAACCCAGUGUCAAGUCACAAAUGUUGAAUUUGAUUCGUUCCAUAAGAACUGUUGCUAAAAUUCCUUUGAUAUUCCUAAAUAUUGCGGCAAUUGUCAUAAAACUUAUACUUGGAUGAAAGAGGGAGAGAGAGAGAGAACUACCAAACAAAAAAAUAUGUAAUAAAUAAUAAAGAAAUGAUUUUGUUUUA